AUUUCCCGAUUUUCCCCAAUUUUCCCGAUUUCCCCGGUUGUUUCAGUCUGCGGGAAGCGCUACAAGAACCGGCCCGGGCUCAGCUACCACUACGCGCACUCGCACCUGGCCGAGGAGGAGGGCGACGACAAGGACGACUCGCAGCCGCCCACGCCCGUGGCCCCGCGCCCCGAGGAGCAGAAAAGCCAAGAAGGCCCGGACGGGCUGGCCCUCCCCAACAAUUACUGCGACUUCUGCCUGGGCGACUCCAAGAUCAACAAGAAGACGGGACAGCCCGAGGAGCUCGUGUCCUGCUCCGACUGCGGCCGCUCCGGGCACCCCUCGUGCCUGCAGUUCACGCCGGUGAUGAUGGCUGCGGUGAAGACGUACCGCUGGCAGUGCAUCGAGUGCAAGUGCUGCAACAUCUGCGGCACCUCCGAGAACGACGACCAGCUGCUGUUCUGUGACGACUGCGACCGUGGGUACCACAUGUACUGCCUGACCCCGCCCAUGGCCGAGCCCCCCGAGGGGAGCUGGAGCUGCCACCUCUGCCUGGACCUGCUCAAGGAGAAGGCGUCGAUUUACCAGAACCAGAACAGCUCCUGAUCCUGCUCUUCCUCCCCAUCCUCAUCCCCACCCUCGCCCCCACGCCCGUCCCUCCUCAUCC